AUGCAGAUCCAUAAACUCUGUUUUCUUGCUCUGCUCUUACUCUUAGCUCACACCGCGUCCGCCGUCAAUCUCAACCUCAAAAGCUCAAACAUUGCCUUCCUCGGAGACGCAGAGCUCGGUCCUGCUGCAGAUGGCAUUAGCCGCUCCGGAGCUCUCUCCAUGACCCGAGACGCAAACCCAUUCUCCCACGGCCAAGGUCUUUGGUCCUUACCGGUCCCUUUCAAGCCUUCCUCUAACUCACGUUCUCCUUAUCCUUUCGAGACGUCUUUCACUUUCUCUAUCACUCCUCGCACCAAUCCCGCCCCGGGACACGGCCUCGCCUUCAUCGUCGUCCCCGCUCUCGACAACAGCGGCGCUGGCCCCGGUGGUUUCCUCGGAAUCCUUAACAAAACCAACAAUGGUUACCCCAGUAACCACGUGUUUGCUGUCGAGUUCGAUGUUUUUCAGGACAAACACGUUGGAGACAUCAAUGACAACCAUGUCGGUGUAGACAUUAACUCAGUUAAAUCUGCUGUUGCCGAGAAAGCCGGUUAUUGGGUCCAGACCGUGAUUGGGAAAAGGAGGAUGUGGUCGUUCAAGGAGGUGAAGCUGAGCAACGGAGAGAGGUACAAGGCUUGGAUUGAGUAUAGAAACUCAAAGGUUACAGUUACUCUCGCGCCAGAAGCCGUUAGGAAACCGAAGAAGCCUUUGAUCGUUGCACAUGUAGAUCUCUCUGAUGUUUUUCUCCAAAACAUGUACACCGGCUUCGCCGGUGCCAUGGGCCGUGGGAUUGAGCGUCACGACAUUUGGAGCUGGACCUUUCAGAACAGCGCCAAGAAGUAG